AUGGCCUGCGUUGCAGCUCAGGAGUACAAGUUGGCCAACACUGCCGCCAUGAACAUCAUCGUCCACCCCGACGAGCUUGAGGGACUCAUCAAGCACUACGAAUCCUUGGGAGUCACCAACGAAAUGAUUGCCGUCCUGGAGGCCGGAGUCAGUCUCGAGCGUGCCCACAUCGGUAUCUUCACCGAACUGGCCAUCCUCUACGCCAAGCACAGGCCCGAGAAACUGAUGGAGCACUGCAAGACCUACAUGCAAAAGCUUAACACCACCAAGUUGCUCCGCGCUUGUCAAAAGUUCAUGCUCUGGAAGGAGGCAGUCUACCUCUACUCUCACUACAACGAGUUCGACCAGGCAGUGACAAUCAUGAUGGAGCACUCCCCCAUCGCCUUCAACCACGAGACCUACCUGCAGCUCAUCACCAAGGUCAGCAACAACGACCUCUACUACAAGUCCAUCAACUUCUACCUCGAGGAGCAGCCUCUCCAGAUCAACGAGCUCCUCAAGGCCCUCGCCAACAAGAUCGACCUCGUCAAGUGCACAUCCUCCAUCCGCAGGCUCGGCAUCGUGCAGCUCUGCGAGCCGUUCCUCAAGAUCGUCCAGCAGACCAACACCAAGGAGAUCAAUGAAGCCCUCAAUGAGCUUUACCUUGACAUCGAGGAUUAUGAAUCUCUGCGCGAGUCCAUUGAGAAAUACCCCAACAUCGACUCCUACAAUCUCGCCAAGGCCACUGAGAGCCACCACUUGUUGGAGUUCCGCCGUAUCGCUGCCUAUCUCUACCGCAAGAAUGGCAAGUUCGAGCAGAGUAUCAACCUUUCCAAGAAGGACGAGAUCUACAGAGAUGCCAUUGAGACUGCCCAGGAGGCUGAUAAUACCAAGAUCGUUGAGGAAUUGCUUAAGUUCUUCGUGGAACGCAAUGAAAAGGAGUUCUUCGCUGCCACCCUCUAUACUUGCUAUGAGUAUGUUAAGCCUGACCUCGCUUUGGAGUAUGCUUGGCGUUUCAACAUGUACGAGUACGUGAUGCCCUUCAUCAUCCAAAUGGUCUCCGAGCAGCGCACCCGCGAAAACGAAAUCAAGAAGGAGCAGACGAAGGAGAAGGACAAAGUCACCACCACUACUCUCGACUUCGUUUCCCACGAUCUCGAGCUCAUGAUGCCCGGAUCCCAGCUGAUGAUCACUGGCGGCGCCAACAACUACGGUUCAGUCGGCGGAAUGCCACCAAUGGGCGGAAUCCCACCGAUGGGAGGAAUCCCACCGCAGAUGGGAGGCUUGGGAGGCAUGCCACCCAUGCCCCCCAUGGGAGGAAUGCCACCGAUGGGCGGAAGCAUGAUGGGCGGAUUCGGACAGACCUCGCCCUAUGGAUCCAACAGACAGUUCUGA